CAAACAUUUUUUGAAUGUUCUGUGCACAGAAUCCAUUCGACGUAUGGAUGUUUAAUAAAUAAUUAAUAAAUAAAUAAAUUCACCUGAUAUCUAGAGAAGGGUUCUAGUAAUUAUUUAUUCAUAACUUAAAAUGACGCUCUAUCACUUCGGAAAUUGCGUAGCGUUAAUAUAUGUUCCAUAUUACCUAACAUAUAAGUACGCUGGAUUAUCCGAAUAUGGGGCAUUCUGGAAGUGCUUCCAAGCUGGAGGAAUUUAUAUGUGUACACAAUUGGUUAAAAUGCUAAUACUUGCAACAUUCUUUCCGGAUAAUAUUUUAGAAACCAGUGGGGAUUACUUUGGGGAAUUUCUGAAGGCAACGGUGGAUUUGGGGGAUUUGAUAGGACUUUAUAUAGUUUUGAUGGGAAUUCCUGGUAAGAGUCAUAGUAAAGUUCUAACAGCUGGUAUGGGUUGGGCAGUUGCUGAAGUAAUUCUGACUCGAGCAUUAUUUUUGUGGGUUGGAGCAAGAGGAGCUGAGUUUGAUUGGAAAUAUAUCCGAAAAUGUUUAGAGUCAAACAUCAGUUUGGUGAAUUACCUCAAUAUAACAACAUUAAUUUGGCUGUGGUCACGACAUGAUCUCAAAGUAAACUUGAAACCACUGAUUUCUGCUUUAUUACUCAUGUUGUCUUAUAAAUCUUUGGCGAUUGAUAUUUUACUACAAAGUUUGAUGAUGGGCCCAUGGAUUAUAUUACUCAUCAAAGGAGCAUUCACUCUAGUGGUAGGAUCUGUGACAUUGAUUGUUUAUGCUGCCUUAACUCGAGAUAUGGGAGUUUAUUGAGACUGUUAUUUAUUUAGUUCUAUAUUUCAGUUUCAAAUCUGCUCAAUAUUUGGUUUUUGUUAUCUCUUUCGAUUUAUAGAGAGAUUUCAAACAAGUGCAGAUUAUUUUGUACAAAUAAUUGAUUAAUUAGUAAGGAAAUGUUCAAUUUCUAAUAUAAUUGUACCUCAUAUAAUGAAUUUACGGUUGAUCUUCAUUGAUAGAAUUACUUUUUUGGAAUAGAAAUUUAUUCUGUUACUUUUGAUCAUUGAAUCAGAAUAAAUAAAUAAAAUAAAAGAAGGAUUUCUUUUG